UAAUGCACUGGUCGAGUCGUUCGUCGUGCCACGAUCUCUUCUUCUCGUUGCGGCCAACACCAAGGCAACGUCGUUCUCUUUCGCCUCUGUGCACGCAAACGGCGUGUAGUGUGAUUUUCGGUGUCGUGCAGAGAUCCUAGCAAAAAACAUCCAAAAUGGUUAACUUCACCGUAGAUGAAAUCCGUGCCAUGAUGGACAAGAAGCGGAACAUCCGCAACAUGUCCGUCAUCGCCCACGUCGAUCACGGCAAGUCCACUCUGACGGAUUCGCUGGUCUCGAAAGCCGGUAUCAUUGCCGGUGCCAAGGCCGGAGAAACCCGAUUCACCGAUACCCGCAAGGACGAACAGGAACGGUGCAUCACGAUCAAGUCGACUGCCAUCUCUAUGUACUUCGAGCUGGAAGAACAGGAUCUGGUGUUCAUCACCAACCCGGACCAGCGCGACAAGGACUGUAAGGGUUUCUUGAUCAACCUGAUCGAUUCGCCCGGGCACGUUGAUUUCUCGUCAGAGGUAACGGCCGCUCUGCGUGUCACUGACGGUGCCCUCGUCGUCGUCGAUUGCGUGUCAGGCGUGUGCGUCCAGACCGAAACCGUGCUGCGUCAGGCCAUCGCCGAACGUAUCAAGCCGGUACUGUUCAUGAACAAGAUGGACCGUGCUCUGCUCGAGCUGCAAUUGGACGCCGAAGAUCUGUAUCAGACCUUCCAGCGUAUUGUGGAGAACGUGAACGUCAUCAUCGCCACUUACAACGACGAUGGUGGCCCAAUGGGUGAGGUUCGUGUCGAUCCCUCCAAGGGUUCCGUCGGUUUCGGAUCCGGUCUCCACGGAUGGGCCUUCACUUUGAAACAGUUCGCUGAGAUGUACUCGGUGAUGUUCAAGAUCGAUGUCGUGAAGCUGAUGAACCGUCUGUGGGGAGAGAACUUCUUCAACGCCAAGACCAAGAAGUGGGCCAAGGUCAAGGACGACGACAACAAGCGUUCGUUCGUUAUGUACGUGUUGGACCCGAUUUACAAGGUGUUCGAUGCUAUCAUGAACUACAAGACCGACGAAAUCCCCAAACUGUUGGAGAAGAUCAAGGUUACCCUGAAGCACGAGGACAAGGACAAGGAUGGAAAGAACCUGCUGAAGGUUGUGAUGCGUACUUGGUUGCCAGCUGGUGAAGCUUUGCUUCAGAUGAUUGCCAUCCAUCUGCCAUCGCCUGUCGUUGCCCAAAAGUACCGUAUGGAGAUGUUGUACGAGGGUCCUCAUGAUGAUGAGGCUGCCGUCGCUGUCAAGAACUGUGACCCUGAGGGACCUCUGAUGAUGUACGUUUCCAAGAUGGUACCGACCUCGGACAAGGGACGUUUCUACGCCUUCGGACGUGUGUUCUCUGGUAAGGUCGCCACUGGCCAGAAGGCCCGUAUCAUGGGCCCGAACUUCACCCCCGGCAAGAAGGAAGAUUUGUACGAAAAGGCUAUCCAGCGUACUAUUUUGAUGAUGGGACGUUACGUUGAAGCUAUUGAGGAUGUUCCAUGCGGUAACAUUUGCGGUCUGGUCGGUGUCGAUCAGUUCCUGGUUAAGACCGGUACCAUCACUACCUUCAAGGACGCCCACAACAUGAAGGUUAUGAAGUUCUCUGUCUCGCCUGUCGUGCGUGUUGCUGUUGAACCCAAGAACCCCGCUGACUUGCCCAAGCUCGUCGAAGGUCUGAAGCGUCUGGCCAAGUCCGAUCCUAUGGUGCAGUGUAUCAUUGAAGAAUCUGGCGAACACAUCAUUGCCGGAGCUGGUGAACUUCACUUGGAAAUUUGCCUCAAAGAUUUGGAGGAAGAUCACGCUUGCAUCCCGUUGAAGAAAUCCGACCCCGUCGUAUCCUAUCGUGAAACUGUCUCGGACGAAUCCGACCAGAUGUGUUUGUCCAAGUCGCCCAACAAGCACAACCGUCUUUUCAUGAAGGCCGUUCCCAUGCCCGAUGGUUUGGCUGAGGACAUCGACAAGGGUGAUGUGAACCCACGUGACGACUUCAAGGUCCGUGCUCGUUACCUGGCCGAGAAGUACGAUUACGAUGUUACUGAAGCCCGUAAGAUCUGGUGCUUCGGUCCGGACGGAACUGGUCCCAACAUCGUUGUUGACUGCACCAAGGGUGUGCAGUACCUGAAUGAAAUCAAGGACUCCGUCGUCGCUGGUUUCCAGUGGGCCUCAAAGGAAGGUGUUCUGGCCGAAGAAAACAUGCGAGGUGUCCGCUUCAACAUUUACGAUGUUACUCUGCAUGCUGAUGCUAUCCAUCGCGGUGGUGGUCAGAUCAUUCCGACCACCCGUCGUGUACUGUACGCUUCGUACAUCACCGCUGCUCCUCGUAUCAUGGAGCCCGUCUACCUCUGCGAGAUCCAGUGUCCGGAAGUAGCUGUCGGUGGUAUCUACGGUGUGCUCAAUCGUCGUCGUGGCCACGUCUUCGAGGAAGCUCAGGUCACCGGUACGCCCAUGUUCGUCGUCAAGGCGUACCUGCCCGUAAACGAGUCCUUCGGCUUCACCGCUGAUUUAAGAUCCAACACCGGCGGACAGGCGUUCCCACAGUGCGUGUUCGAUCACUGGCAGAUCCUGCCCGGAGAUCCAACUGAGACUGGCAGCAAACCCGCUACCAUCAUCCAGGACAUCCGUAAGCGUAAGGGUCUGAAGGAGGGUCUCCCAGAUCUCACGCAAUAUCUGGACAAGUUGUAAACACUUUCUUUAUUAUUAUAUUAUUGUAACACCCUACAAUUCAAAGCUAGAUAAAAAAAAAACAAGAAACCAGCCGGCUAGUCCGGCUGGAAACGAUUAUAAUGAACAAUAAUUUAUAACUGUUUACAAGAAAAAUCCACAAACACGCAAAAUCAAGUUUACAACUGCCGGAAGCUAAAAACGGAUAAGCUUUUUGCUGAUUUCGAUCAUUCACCCCUUGAGAACCCUCCUUCGUUGCGCUUGUUUACUUUCCGGUUCCGCACAGUGAAAUCGUGGCUAGGCCAAUCUAUAUUGUUCUUGUGCUUAUUCUCGGUAAUUUUUCGUCGAGCAACCAGCAGCAACAGACACGUGUUUAUUUGAAAUUUUAUUCCAACGCAGCAGAGUUCGGUUUGAAGUGUAGGAUUCACAUAGGAAAGGAAAUAUUGAAAAUACUGAUUUGAGAUAAGACGAUUUUGUUGAUAAAACAAAUUGGAACGGAAA